CAGUCCAUUAUCUGCAUGCAGCAGUAUUACUGCUUCUACAGCUGCCUGCAAACACAGUGGCCUCCGAUGCUCUGAAUGGAGGACGAUGGUACCUGACAAAAAGGCCUGUAGUGGAACAGUGUUGGUUCACUGGAGACAGGGACUCAGUGCUGUUUCCAGAGAAAACUUCAAUGAAACUGAGAAGGAAAAGCUUUGCCAGGAUAUGGACUGUGGUGGAUACCAAUCAACAAAUGAAAUCCACCCCCAAACAAUUGAAAUAGAUUCUUUUUGGAACAAAAGCUUCAGCUGUGGUGAAAAUCCAGGAAGCAUUUGGGAAUGUGAAAAUAAAUCCACACCCUCAAGGAAGGAGCCCGUCUUUAUUGAAUGCAAAAAGGAGCCCAGUGUCAGCCUUUCACAGGGCUGUCGUGGGGAAGUGAGGAUAGAUGGCGUUCCAGUGUGUGCUAGUAACUGGGAUCUAUCCUACGCACACAAAGUUUGCCAAGAAAAUCUUUGUGGCAAUGCUGUCUUCAUUGAAUCCAAAGCUCCAUCAAAGGCUUCAGGUAACAUUUACCAUGUCAGCUGUGAAAAGUACCAUUCCAUCAUUGGCCAGUGCAGGAGGACUAAAGGAAAGUGUGACACAAAUGUGGUGUUCAUUACUUGUAGUGAAAGUGUAAAGUUCCACACCGCUGAAAAACAUGGAGGUGUCCUUUAUGUCAAUUAUCGAGAUAAGUGGGAAAGAGUAUGUCCAUUUAGGGCGGAAGAGAAAGAGUAUGUCCAAAACUUAACGGCAAAGCUCUGUGAAGAAAUUAAUAAUGAGACCCAUAGCGGCUCUACGGAAGACAAACAGGUCAGCUUAGAAACAACACUGGAGUUCACUGAUGUUACCAUGGAUGUCAAGCGCUCUGUCAAACAACGUUCCUGUGGAAACGUUUCUCCAGCUGAAAUACUUUGCUACGAGCCACCCCCUACACCUCCACCACCUCCUUCUACACCAAUAGCACCUAUUAUCGUGGGUGUGGGAUUUCUUCUUGUUGUUGUGAUCUUAAUUUUGGUAUUUGUACGAUUCUAUCUCAAGAGAGCCAGGAAGUCCAACGUUUCACCAAGAAUGCUGCAAGACAAAGAAAUGGAGUUUGAAAGUGGGGAAUAUGAAGAUGUCACGAACAAAGAAAAUGAGAUGGAAGACUUAAGUCAUGGCAGAGCCAGAUCAGAGGAUGUUGAAGCAGAUGAGGCUCGACCCCUGACCUUUCCAGGCACUACUGUCAUCAACAUCAACACGCAUGAAGACGGGGUGACCUACGAAGUGGAAGAUCCACAGGAGAAUUAUGAUGACAUCGAUACAAUCCCUGGAACCACACAGACUACAGCAGAGGUCCAUGAAAGCCUUGAAACAUUACAUGACUUAAACUCAGCUGCCCCAGGAUUGGUGGAGAGAGAUGAGGACUACCUAGAGCCAGAUGUGGAUGGGUGAGCCGAAUGUGGCUUUAGAAACUACUUUUAAAAAUCAGUCUCAAAAAGUGGCUCAUGUCCAAAUUCACCUUCAUUUCUCUCAAAUAAAUAUCAAAUGAAAAGCAAUAUUAAAAUCUUUAAAUUCAACAUACAUUUACUGAAAUGGGUGAAGGAAACUUCCAUUUGAUGGAGGAACAGUGCAAAACGACUGAAAAUCUAUCUUUUGAUACUGUAUAGCAAAAAAACUUAAAAUGUACAAUGUUUUAUAAUGCCAGCCGCUUCUUCCUGCUUCUAGUCUAUAGGCUUACCUAACUGUCUUGUUACUUUUAUAUUCAGCAUAGAAAUGUGUGUAAUAUCAAUAUUCUCAUCAAACUCUGAGUAUAAAAAUACAAGUGUAUUUCUCACAAUAUUAAGCUAUUGUUCUAAAUAUAGUAUAUUCUUUAAAGCAUAAAUAUAAAGAAUUC